GCAGUGAUUCAACUUAUCAGAGGUCUGUAGUUCACAGCGGAGUCAAGUAGUUAGUUACUUGAUUUCAACGGAUUCUGCUUUUGUGUCAGUUUCAUUGUGGGUGUAUCCGUUCUCCUGGGCUCUCUUUGCUUGUUUUUGUUAUGUCGACAUUGGGGACACUGAGUUACUACGCUGACUCACACAUUCCACACGAGAAUGACGAUCAUUUGGCACCGAGGUUCUCAUCUGGACCCGUGGUCCAGCAGCAGGCUCGGGAACUGACGCUACUUGAAUAUGGCGAACAGGAGCAGUACACUUUCCAAGCCAAAUCAUCUAUUUUUGGUGCGUCAUGGAGUCCCGUGCCCGUGCAGCCCCCAGGCACAUCUAUCGCCUACCACCCGUACAUUUAUCACCCCUGCUCAACAGGAGAAACCGAGGCAGCAUCCGUGCGUUCCUGGGCGCUGGAACCGCUGCCUGCCCUGCCUUUCACGGGAUUAUCCACAGAUACAAACCAUGAUAUAAAACUUGAACCACUGGUUGGGAGUGGUGAGUGCACCACGCAUACAUUGCUUGUGGCCGAGACUGUCAACAAUACGACCCAAGCAGAGAGGAAGAUAACAGACGAUGCGCUUUCCAACGGAUCACAGGACGAGAAAGCUCCAGCAGAGACGAAGGUGGAUCUAGACCCAAAUAACCCUGCGUCCAACUGGCUGCAUGCGAAGUCCACUAGGAAAAAGCGCUGUCCAUACACUAAGCAUCAAACUCUUGAGCUGGAGAAAGAAUUUCUGUUUAAUAUGUACCUCUCACGCGACCGUAGAUAUGAAGUGGCAAGACUCCUAAAUCUCACCGAGAGACAAGUCAAAAUUUGGUUCCAAAACCGUAGGAUGAAGAUGAAGAAAUGCAAUAAAGAUCGUCCAAAAGACAUUUAAAAGUGGAAAGCUAUAAAUGCGCACUGCAGUGGAUGAAGUUAUUUGGCUCGUGCGAAGGUGUUUGUGAAUAAGCCUGUCCUUUUCCUCAUGCACAACAACAGUAGAUAAUUAUUGAUAGCCUACAUUUUGUAAUGUUUGAUGUACAUUGCACAAACCUUUGAUGUAAGGGUAUGCUUGUAUAUAUCAUUUUGUCUUUGUAUACAGCUUGUUGGUGAUACAGUUCUCUUAUUUGGUGUGCGUAUUGUAGGUCCAGCAUUUCGCAUUCUGUACAUAUGUUACAAUUUUAUUUUUAAAAGUUUUUAAAGCAUCCGUUCAUGAUUUCAGGGAAAUGUGCCAUGUGAAAUGCUGAUGAUAUGCAUGAAUUUCAGUUUUUUUAUAUAUAUAUAAAAAAUGACUUGUAGAGUAAUGUAUCAAUGUUUAAUGUGACUACCUAGAUGUAUUUGAACUACCUAUGUAUUAAUAUUAAUUUAUGUUGUAUUGUUAGUCAUUUAAAUAUUUCAGUGGAUUUUGUAACAUUUACGUGCUUGUAAUGUUUUAUGUGAACACAUCAAAUUGCAUACGCCAAUACCUCAAAUCAGUAGUUUAGAAAUAAAAUUCCACUUGUGUAAAUAAAUAAAUUUCUGAUAAGUAAUACAUUUCGUUAAGACUGUCUAUAUGGUUUGGGCAAAUUUCUGGGUUUCAUGGGUUACACUCAUGCCUAACGAAGUACAAAUCUGCGAUAGUUUUGCAAUAAGUUGUCACUAAUAAUUGCAGUCCUGUAUUUCUGUGCUAUACAACACAUAAAGUUC